GUGGUGACGUUUGAUGUCAGUGGGUUUUUGCGCGAAGGUGCAGAUGCUGUUGGCGGUCUGACUCUGAAUAGAGAGGCAAGAAGAACAAGGCUGAGGUCGGCUCUUCAAACUGAAGCACUUGACGAGGUAUUAAAGGCAACAUUUCUGCUGAAAUGGCAAGCUGUGGAGACAUCCAAGUGAAGGAACUGAACAAGCGCGCUUCAGGUCAGGCGUUCGAGGUCAUCCUGAGCCCCUCAACCCCCGAUGCUAAGGGGGAAUUUCCGCUGUCCCCUCUAAAAAAAAAGGCAACAUCACUGGAUGAGAUUAAGAGGAAACUGGAAGCUGCAGAAGAGAGACGCAAGAGCCAUGAGGCUGAAGUGCUGAAACACCUCGCUGAGAAACGAGAGCACGAGAGGGAAGUCAUCCAGAAGGCCAUGGAGGAAAGCUGCAACUUUAGCAAGAUGGCGGAAGAGAAACUCAACCAAAAGAUGGAGGCAAACAAGGAGAACCGCUCUGCACGCAUGGCAGCUCUCAACGAGAAGUUCAAGGAGAAGGACAAGAAACUGGAAGAAGUGAGGAAGAACAAGGAGGCGAUGAAAGAAAGGGACAAUUAAUUUGUUUAUGACAUCUCCAAAGAUAAGCUAUAUUUUUUUAACUGACACUUCCUCGUUGUUCUUGUUGUUGUGUUAGUUUUGAUUAUGCUGUUGAAUCAAAGUUGGUUAUACUGGUUAGAUACAGUGUGGAUAUAGUCUGACCUGUCUUCACCUGUAGAUUUCUCUUUGGCAGCUGAUCACACAAUGUUUUGUGUGAACUAUAUUUUUCCAUAAGAAACCAUUUGACUGUAAUAAAUUGAUCCUUAUGCUUCAUACUGUUAAAAUGCAUUAAUACUGUUAGGAGCUGUUGAUAAUCUUGGAAGUUUGCAUUUAAUGUACGAUACCAAGGCACUGCCAUUAAAGUUUUGUAUCUACAA